AUGACCAACUUCGAGAAAGAAACAAGCAAGGCUUAUUCACAAAGACAACUUAAAAAGAGGUGGGAUACCCUAAAAAAAGAAUGGAAGGCUUGGAAGAAACUUAAAGGCAGAGAUACUGGUCUAGGGUGGAAUCCUAUAAAAGAACCGUUGAUGCAUCAGAUGAUUGGUGGGAGAGUUGUGCCUGAAGCUCAAAAAUUUAGAACAUCAAGUAUUGAUCUUGAAUUCGAAGGGAAGUUGGACCAAAUGUUCAGGGGUAUAGUUGCAACAGGUGAUAAAGCAUGGGCACCUUCUUCUAGUACACUCCGUAGUCAUUUUUUUUGA